AUGCAGAUUCUUUUCUCUGAUCAUCGUCCGCCUCGUUCGCGCGCCACAUUCCACUCGCAUUCGCCAUACCUCCACAUGCACAAUCGUAUACUUCCCCAGCCACGCUCCCAUCCACGCCCACGCACCGCCGCCGACGGUGGUCCAAAUCUUGAUGCGAACUCUAUAGCCCGCAUCCGCUCGUUCCCAGCAAAGCGCGAAGACGCCCGACGGAUCUGUUCUCCGUAUUCCGCGAAAUCUGCUACUGGUCGCAUACAACUUCGUGUAGAGACUGACACGUCUUUGUCCUGCCCGUCAUCUGGACGUUUGGGCUUGAUGAACGCCUUGAAAUGCCUAUCCCGCUUGUCUCUCCACAAUAACUUCGCUACCUGUGCCUCACCUGCUCGCUACCCUCACGCUUUGCCAACUGCUGUCCGCUUCGCCUCGUCGAUAUCCGCCCCCGUCUCACCAUCACCAUCCACUCAUACGACCGAAGUACCGAAGAAUGCCGAAAAAACCCUCCAUCAGAAGCUCGUGAAGCUGCUCCCCCUCUGGUCCACCUCCCGCACCGUCCGCGCGCGUCUACGCUCCUUCGGAAUAUCCAAAGACGACCUGGACCCCCUCCUGAAGCUCUUCUCCGAAGAGAUGCGCGACGGGUCCGCAUGGAACCCCAUCUCUACCGAUGACGCACAAGUCGAACGCCUAUGGCACGCGCUCGCAGCGGACAAGACGAUGGCGUCUACCGACCGCACGCUCAACCAGCUGCUCUACAGCUGGGUCGCCGACAACGCGUCCGAUCCCGCGCUCGCGAAGGUUGUAGGCAUUGAGUCGCUCUCGCGCAUAGUCAACGUCGCGAAGGAGCUCGAUUAUCGCCGUCUUCCCGAGCGCUUUCCCGAGGCGCGGCGCAUACGGCGGAAAGUCAUCAUGCACGUCGGCCCUACGAACUCCGGCAAGACGCACAACGCUCUGCGCGCACUCGCUGCGGCGCGUAGCGGCCAGUACAUGGGACCGCUACGCCUGCUCGCCUUCGAGAUCUACUCCCGUCUCAACUCGGGCCAGAUCAUCCCCCUCGGCGCCGACCCCGCCUCAGACCCGCAUCCCGAGCUAGAUACGCAAACAGGCUUCGACGCGACUCUUCCUCUAGAGAACGGCAAACCCGCUGCACCUGCUAUACGCACGCUUGGCGAUGCGCGCUACGCGCGCAAGUGUAACCUCGUCACCGGCGAAGAGCGCCGCGAGGUCGCUGGCGCCAAACUAUUCGCGUGCACGGUCGAGAUGUGCGAUAUGAGGACGCUCCGCGAUAUCGCUAUCAUCGACGAGAUACAGAUGAUAGCCGACCCCGACCGUGGCGCUGCCUGGACGUGCGCUGUACUCGGUGUGCCGGCGCGCGAAGUCCACCUCUGUGGCGAAGAGACCGCGGUGCCGGUGGUCGAGGCGCUGCUGCGCGAGACUGGCGACGAACUUGUUGUCAAUCGAUACGAGCGGCUGAGCCCUCUGCGCGUCGCGGACGAAGCACUGGGAGACCUGUCCAAAGUCCAGAAGGGCGACUGCGUCGUUGCGUUCAGCCGUUCGCGCAUCUUCGCGGCUAAACAGGAGAUCGAGCGCCGGACUAAACUUCGGUGUGCGGUUGCGUACGGACGGCUGCCGCCCGAGGUCCGCAGUGAGCAGGCCGCGCUGUUCAACGAUCCUAACUCGGGCUUCGAUGUGCUUGUUGGCAGCGACGCGCUGGGCAUGGGUCUCAAUUUGAAGAUUCGGAGAGUGAUCUUCACACAGGUCUCGAAGUACAACGGGAUCAGUUCGGGCGACGAGCAGCUCACUACGAGUCAGAUCAAGCAGAUAGGAGGGCGUGCUGGACGGUUCGGGUUGCAUGGAGAUAAGGACGCGAGUGUGGGGAUCGUCACGACGCUAAAGGAGGAGGAUCUGCCGGUCGUUAAAGCUGCGUUCGAUGCACCUAUCUCCACGCUCCCCUCAGCAUACGUUGACUUGACGGAGGGCGCAUUCGGUCGCCUCAUACGCGCGCUACCUGAGGGUGUGUCCGCGGUAGACGCCCGUGAUACGCUGACGUUCUGCGCUCGUCUUCCGCCGCAUAUUGAGGCCACGGUGCUGGGCAUGAAGACGCGCACGAAGCUCGCCGACGCCGACGCCAUCGUCAGCGGCCUUGCGAUUAGUGACCGCGAAACAGCGCUAGAUAUCCCUUAUCCAGCCCUCGACGAGGAUACGACGACUGUCAUCCUCGAGCUGCUGCGGGAAUUCGCGGAGAACGGUCGGACGGAUAUAACGCGCGCCACAGCUACCGCGGGCUUACUGCAAGCUCUCAAUGAUGCAGCGAAGGCGCAACAGGAAGGCGGUGCCGUUGCGCGGCCUACGGAGACAUUGACGAGACUCGAGACGUUGCACAAGGUGCUCGUCGCGUACGCUUGGGCGUACUGGAAAUGGCCGUCGGCCUUCUAUGCUCACAACACCGUCGUUCAGCUCCUGCGUUCUGGCGAAGGGUGUAUGGAUUAUAUCUUGCGGUCUUGGGCGAAGCAUGCUACGAGCCCGCGGAAGAGGAGGGACGGUGGGAGAGGAUUCUCGAAGACGACAAUGUUAUAG